GUUUUUUGUGUUAUCCUGUCAUUCACUAAAAUCAAAUUUUGGUAAACUGCUCCUAAACAUAACACAUUAUUAAUAUAAAAUACGUACGUAUGAUUUUACAAGAUUUUUAAACCAUGAAACUGUUUAAUUCCUAUUAAAGCCGAAUAAUACGAAAGUCUUUGAACGCAGCAGUAGCUUUCAGCUGUCUGAGAACUGAGCAGCUGUCACACUUGUGUGUGUGUGUGCGCGCGUCCAGCAAACGACACGUACCGUUACUUGUAAGAGGCUUGGCCAGAAUGGCACGCGGGCAUCAGAAGCUUCAGUCUCAGCAGAAAAAUGCCAAGAAACAGGCCGAAAUGAAGAAGGCCAAAAGUCAUGAUCAAAAGACGGCAGCCAAGGCAGCACUAGUGUUCACCUGCGCUGUGUGCAGGUCCCAGAUGCCCGACCCAAAAACCUUCAAGCAACACUUUGAGAGCAAGCACCCGAAAUCCCCUCUACCCCCCGAGUUAGAGGGAGUGGAGGCAUAAACGCUCGCUCUGGAUACCAAACCAAUUUCCUUCUAGGCCCUGCACCAACUCUGCACCAAUCUCAGUCGGACGGCAAUGGAUGAUUUGAUGUAACCAACAUGAAGUCUUUAUCUUCAUUUAGGCUUUAACAGGCCAGGUUGCCUUUAACACAAUGCUUCCUCCCAUCCAGUCCUCUUUUCGCUUGUGUUUAAAUACACGCGGGCAAAUUUAAAUGCUGGUUUUAAUUUCAGGGCCACUGAAGGACUGUACAAACCAGUAACAAUCCAAGUGGUGAAUGAGGAUUUCUCCCUUUUUUAUUCACACGGUUUCUCAGAACGGACACCUCACUGCCCUGAUGCACAUAGGAGUAUUUCUCGCUGCCAGCUCUUGUACCUCUCUAUCUGAAGCUUUGAUGGAUUGAAUUGUCCGAUUAAACCUGUAUAGAAAACUUGACACAUGAGGUAAACACAUACAGUGUCCUUAAACAAAGCAUGGGUUGCUUGGGUGGGAGAAUUAUGAUUUUAAAUUGCUGCAAAAAAAAUGAAAAAUAUGACAUUGUCUAUUUGUGCUUUGAGAAUUGACUUAAAAGGAGGCUUUGAUUUUUUUUUUUUUUUUUUUUUUCUUAUGUCAGUUGUUAAAUAUGGAAUUCCUCCACAGUUGUCUGCCAUGUUAUACUGCAAUGUUUCAUCUCACUAAUCAUAAUUUCAUGUUAAAAAUGUGAAAUUUUGCUAGCCAUUUCCAAGCCGCUACAUGAAUUGUAAGUUAAUACAUUUUACAGGAGAGUGUUGGCAAGAUGUGUACACUUGAAAAAUGUAUGAAUGCUCCAAUGAUGUAUUAUAGCAUUUUAUUAAAUUUUACUUUGUU